GGAUCUGCCGGGCUGUUAGUACUGAACGGGACUCAGGGUUGUAUUGGCACGAUGCACCGACUUCUGCUCGUGUUUGUGGCCGCUGCUGGGGCCUCUGUCUUCGUCCUCCCGCGGAUGGAUGCGUCCCCGGCGGUCGGGCCCUGCGUCGCCCCGCUGCAAUGGGAGGGAAGGUGGGUUGUGUACGACCACAGCACCGGCAGGAACAGCCGAGCCGCCGUCUCGUACGACGCCCUGAACCAGAGGAUCCGAGUCCUGCAGCAGCACAAGAAGCACACCCCGUGUCAGAGGUUUUUUGAGUACAUCUACUUGUAUCAGAGCAUGGUGAUGUUCCAGAUUGACCAGAAGACGAAGGAAUGCUCAAAGAUCGCUCUGACUGAAGCCUGGGAUCCCUUCGACGUCCCUGAUAACUCCACCUUUGAGGAUCAAUACUUCAUCGGCGGCCCUGGGGACAGCAUUGAGGUUCAGGAGUGGUCAGAUAGGAAGCCGGCACGCAAACAUGAGACCUGGGUGGGCGUUUACACCAUGAAGGACUGCUACCCAGUGCAGGAGACCUACACGAGGAACAGCAGUGUCACCACCUCCACCCGCUUCUUCAGCCUGGAGCUGGGAAUCAGCGACCCCAACGUUUUCACCCCACCGAGCACAUGCCAGUCAGCCCGGCCUGAGAGGAAGGUCGACCUCGAGUGCUGAGACCUCAUCAGAUCUCACCUUUGACCUUAAAAGCUAAACUGCAGUUUAAGUCUGAAACCGCUUCCCUGUUUAGUCAUUCACUAUUGAAGUAUACUGACAUUUUAUUUGAGGUAAAAUUACAACUGUACUUUAGUCUGAAACCAGUGCCACAGUUUCAAAAUUCUCUACUACAAGAGUAGCACUUAAAAUAACUCAUUCUGCAUAUGCCCUGUCAGUUAAAUACUACUAAUAUAUAACUACUACAGUUCAGCGCUUCCCAAACUAUGGAAUCAGGACCCUCGAAAAGGUCAGAAGAUGAGAUCUGAAUGGUUUUAAGAUGAUUCAUGGGAAAGACAAAUCGUUACUAUUUUGUAACCUGCUUUUAUUUUGUGACUUGUAUCUUUAAAUUUCACUACGACAUUUGGGAUACUUGUAUGAAGCAUGAUGUGUAAAGACUCAAAGCUAAAACUGUCAGAUCUCACUGGAAUAAAACGAUUAUUUUCCUCUGAAA